AUGUCACAACCAAGCAACACAUUAUCCAUCGAGCAAUGCCUAAAAACCUUACAAAGAUUAGAAAUACAAGGUUUGGCGAUAGAGGAACACGAUGAACUCGUGGCAAAUGCCCUAGCCGCACUUAGCGACUCGAACGAAGUUGCAAAAUUCAAGGAGAGCAUCAAGGAGUCAGCUCGGUUAGCAAAAGAGAUUGACGAUGUUUUCAGUCAACAAGCCCAAAUUCUACUCGGUCUAAUAGUUUUCGGACUCUGGCCUCUAUUGCUUCUGUACCAGGAAUGGAUUAAUUUGAGAGAGCGAUGGAGAGACUGCCUGCGUUUUUCUUGCCAAGUUGCAUUGGACACAGCUGAAAUUCUGAAACGCUUUGACCAAGUCUAUCUAGCACAGGUCGAAACUAUCAAAUCAGAUGAAGACCGUCUUAAAGCGAUUGCUGCCAUAGAGCCUUUUAUUACUGAGUUGGAACAAAACGACAAGUCUGCAGAAAUGUCAAGAAAAUUCUUGGACUUAAAGCGUGAUGUAGCUGCAUUUGGAGAAAAGUAUACACUUUCCGCCACAGCAGUCGCAAGCAUCCCCCUUACAAAUGAUAUCAAAGCGAUCGAUGAAUCAAUCAAGAGAGUACAAAGUGCUUUUGGUGGCAUUGUGGGAGGCAGGUUAUUAGUAGGCCUUGGAGUAGCUGGCAGUGCCUCUCGAGUCAUUUCUUCACUUCAGGCCUAUCGCCAAGAAAAAAUUGAAGCCCUCAGGAAGGUCACUCAAGUUACAACAGGAAUAAACUCACUGGUGGCAGAGCAACCAUCCUCCCUAUCAUUUGAGGCACCAAAUAUCAAUCUAAUGCUCGAGAACCUCCUUACGUUUGCAGAAAUAUGGUCUUCGGUACGAAGCCAAAGCGUUCAAUUUUGCGAACACCUGAAGGGGGGCUUGGAAGCAGCCACAAAUUUAAGGUUCAAAGCAGAAAUCAAACUGGCGAGGGAAGUCUGUACUCCACUGCAGGAGGGCUUAGCAGAGUAUAACGAACAGCUUCAGAGCUGGAUGUAG